AUGGACUCUGUUGUUCUUCGGCCCUUGGACUCCAUUGAGACGCACCUCAACGCCCUCGUCACCUCUUUGACACAAACCAAUACCUUCGCCAAUGCGCCGCAACUCGCCCAAGACCUCAUCGCCGACGAUGACGAGCUCGCCUCGUCCCUCGCCUUGCUGCAACGCCAUCAGCAAAACUACGCGCGCAUACUAAACCUCCGUGCAGAGGCCGCCACGCUGCAGGAACAGUUAAAGGACACAAUUCGAAAGUGUGUCUCCUUCAGACAGGAGAUCAGCCAAAUCAACCCGUCAAUCCUCGACCUGGACUCCGACGAAGAUGGAGAAGACGAAGAUUCGCAAGUUGCAAGAGUCGACUACCACACCCUUCUCACCUUCGCGGCGAGGAUCGGCAAACACAAUACAAUUGCGGCGAGGGAAGCCGAAGCUGAAUCUCUACGGAGGAAGAUUGCCGCCAAAAACAAGGGGCAAACGUCGCCACCUGCAGUUGCAAAUGGCCUCGAGGAACCCUCGGCCACGGCCGAAAGCGCACCUGAGGGAACAGAGGAGGCCAGAGAUGAAAACCAUACUGCCGAAACAACUGCGGAACUGAUGCGCAUAAACAACACAAUCGCCGUGCAGCGCGCACAAAUGGGCAUGUCAUUCCCCGAUGCAGGCAUAUUACGCGUCGGCGCAUUGGGACAGCUCCAGCUAUUUUUGGAGCGGCAGCGACAACAUUCGGGGGUUGAUGCGGGUGCUGGACAAGAGGAGGCCAAGGCCGUGCAGGAGGCGUUGGAGAAGGAAGUGGAGAAGAUGGUCAGAGAGACCGAGGACAUUGCAGAGGAUACAGGGACAGCUGGGGAGAUGGAAGAGGACGACACCACCGCCACUGCCGGUGGCUGGACAAGUCCGGUGUUGAAGCGUGGCUUGACGUUUGAGGGAGAGAGCAGUCAAGAUGCCACUGCAAGUGCCGGCCAUCCCUCGACGGGUCAAGCGGGACUUCCUCCAAAGCCGCCCAAACCACCGCAGCCGAAGAGGAAACUCGACUUGGACUUUCCCGACAGCGACGAGGAGGAUGAGGAUUGA